AUGAAAACCUUUUCGCGUGUUACCUUCUACAUAACUCUUAAUAUUUUGUAUUCUCAUGGGAAUAAAUUUUUAUGUAGUGAAGUUGAAUCGAGCAGUACCCCUAAUUUGAGAAAUGGGUAUGCAAGCAAUACUUCAUUUUCAGAAGGGCACAAUAUAAGUUCGAAUGAUAAUGAUGAAUAUUCUAGUAACUUGGGAGAUCAUUUUAGUACGGGUGAUAUUAAUGAAGGCCAAAUAGGAGAAUAUGAAAUAAAUGAAAAUACAAUAAAAACCACUUUGUACUCGGACGAUGAAACCAAAGUACAGGAUGAAAAUAAUUGGAUGCAACAAGACAUGAAUUUGAUUUGGGAUACUGAGCAAUCGGAUACCUUUUCAAUGGAUAAUGAAAACACUAAUGAGGAAUUGCAAUCGGUGUUGUCAGAAAUAGUAGAUGAAAUUCAAUCAAUGGAAGAGGAAGAUGAACAGAUGAAAGAAAAUAUGCAAGGAAUGUGGAAUCAUAAUAAUAACGAUGAAGAAGGGGAUGAAGAAAUAAAAUGGUCGUACGAUGAGAAACCAACGAACAUGAAUGUACACGAAUCAUUGAAAGUAAAUCCAGAUUUAUUGGACAAAAUUAAUAUACCUGAUGAGGAUAUAAUCCUAAAUGAACAAAAGGGAGAAGUAGAAAACACGAAUAAUGCUGAUGAAAACGCUUAUGAGAUAGAGAAAGAAUUGUUGAGCGAAUCAGCAGAAAAGGAAGAAGAAAGUAGCGAGGUAGAGCAAAAAAAUGAAGAGAACAUAGAACCUGAAGGACAAGAACAGGAAGAACAAGAAAAGGUAGUACAAGGACAGGAACAUGUAGAAGAAGAAGAUGAGAUGCAAAAAUCUGAGGAAGUAGAGGGUAGAGUAAGCAUCAAUGCAUUAAUGGGAAAUUUUCUUCGUGGUGUAAAUAUUCGAGAGUAUAUAGAUGUUGAUAACAUUAAAAACAAUGCCAUGAAUGUGGGGCAAAAUGUCUAUAACUUUUUUACUGGAGAGAAUGGAAUUGUGAAUAUGAUAAAGGUCUUUGCGGAAAAUUUAACAAGAAGGGAAACGAACACAGAAGGUGAAUGCCAUGGAAACAGCGAACAUGAAGAAAUCGUUGAAAGUGAAGAGAACAAUGUAGUUGAAGAAAGUAACGAAACUGAGGAAAGUAAAGAUGUUGAGGAAAGUAACGAAGCUGAGGAAAGUAAAGAAGUUGAGGAAAGUAAAGAAGUUGAAGAAAGUAACGAUGCUGAGGAAAGCAAAGAAGUUGGGGAAAGUAAAGAAGUUGAGGAAAGUAAAGAAGUUGAAGAAAGUAACGAUGCUGAGGAAAGUAAAGAAGUUGGGGAAAGUAAAGAAGUUGAGGAAAGUAAAGAAGUUGAGGAAAGUAAAGAAGUUGAAGAAAAAGAUGAAAAUGAAACAAUUUAA